AAUAUGUAAUUGUGUUUUUAUAUACGUUUGUUUAUAUUAAUAUAGCAAAAUAUGCAUCAAUUAUCGAAGAUGAUAUGCUUCUUGAUAGAUUAUAUAGAACGUUAAUAAGGGAAAUGGGGAGAGACAAACAUUAUCCUAACCAUAUUACCAAGACUGUAGUUGAAUCAUACUUAAGUGACCAACGAGUACGCAAUAUAUGGAAAAUGAGGGAUUGGGAAUUCGAAAAGAUAAUUGAUUCCAUCGCCAGUUGGAGUGGACCUAUGAAACAUUUUGAGUUUGUAGCAUUAGUAAAAUCAUUAUUUACAAGUGAGCAACUCGACUACAUUUUUGAUGAGUCACAUAUUUAUUGUAAGAAAAAAAAUAAAUUCUUUGGUUUUCACGUGUUAACAAAACGCAAGGUUGACAAGCAAGCAGUUACAAAAUACUUAUUUGAUCACCCAUAUGGACUAACUCGAGAGGAAAUCGAAAAGCUAACUGAACAUUUGCCUCUUGGUUAUAUGUCAAAAGAGAAGUUCUUAAAAUACAUGAUUUUUGGAGAACAUUUUCUACAAUACAAGACGAGCCUAACACUGAUGGACUAUUGCAGAUGCUAG